AUGAAACGAAUUUUUUCUGGCGUGAAGUCUCCAAAAUUACCUGCCCCUCCAAAAGCUUUCAAAAAUGAUGAUAGCCCAUCCGCUCCAGGCUCUCCUAAACUCGAUCAAGGGCUUCGAAGUUUAUCAGCGUCAGCUUCAAGGCUCUUCAGUAGCUCAGCAUCCACACCCGGCAGUCCCACGCUGCAUCUUCCGCAGGAACACUCUAUCAAUGGUGACAUUUCGCCAGAGUUAGUACCGAUUAUUACUUUACUUUCUGCACAGGUUCAUAGGAGAUAUCAUUAUGGUAUGUUCUUGCUAUUACAUGAUUUGAAAACAGAUGGCACACCUGCUACGCGUCAAUGGGAACACUGCUAUGGCGUACUGCUAGGCACGCAACUGGCCUUAUGGGAUGCUAAAGAACUUUCUAAUUCAAGGACUAAUGAAGAAGAACCAAACUUGAAAAAAGUCGCAUCAAGACCGACUUUCAUCAACUUUACAGAUGCUUCAGUGAGGAAUCUAGAUUCGGAAGAUCAUAUAACAAGUACAGGAGAUAGUAAAAUCACAAAAAACGAUUUGGACAACGUACUUGUCGUUUCCACAACGCUGAAAAACAGGUAUUUCUUGAAAUUUAAGAACUCAAAAUCUUUCAGAACUUGGGAUGCAGCAAUCAGGUUAAGUUUAUUCGAAUUUACCGCAUUACAAGAAGCUUACACAGGUUCAUUUCUUUCGAGUAGAGGUGUUAAACUUGGCGAUAUUCAGGUUAUUAUGGCUGAUACAAAAUUCACCUACGAAGACUGGGUUAGUGUGAGAUUUGGGACAGGCAUGCCAUGGAAGCGUUGCUACGCUGUUAUCUCUCCACAAUCUGGCAAAAAAAAGAAAACUUCGAAGGGUUCAAUAUGUUUCUAUGAAAAUGACAGAAAAAUCAAAAAAUCAAAUGCCAUGACAACUGUCGUAGAUGCAAAGGCCUUAUAUGCUGUUUAUCCCUCGUCCCCAAUUUUAAUUGAUACGUCUACGAUCAUAAAAUUAGAAGGAUUUGUUUCUUUUGAAAAGAAUGAGGAACCUCAGCAGACUAACAUCUUCAUUAUGCCUGAAAAACAUCAAGGCGUUCCUGGAUACGAUACCAUUAUUCGUUUCUUAAUCCCAGCUAUGAAUGCUUUCUACUUGUAUGGUAGGCCAAAGGGUCUCAUUGCCAAUAGAGUUGACCCACAUUCUCUACUGUUUGCUUUGCCAACGCUUCCCCAUGUAUCUUAUUUACAGGUGGAUGAUGUUCUAUCAUUAACCAACGACGAAGCUUACCUGCAUUGGAGCGCCACUGACUGGAGAGAUAAUAUUGUUCAUCUACUGCAAAAGAAAUUAAGUAAGGGCUAUAAGGGUUGUGGCAGUAAAUCCGUAUCUAUCGCUUCCGGCAUGAUGAAGUCACCGACAAUUAGCUCAGUAGAGUUAUUUGAAGGGUACAAUUCACUCGCUGAGAAGCCAAUAGAGGUCUUGCAAAAAUCUAAGGUAAAAUCUUGUUCUACGCUGGCGUUAACUGACGAUGCUAGUUCACUUUCUGCCUCUAUGGGUUCUCAUGUGACCCCAGCCAAGCAAAGACGGUUACCUUUGCCCGAUGAUUCUUCAAAGAUUAGUGAUUCUGUGUCAGCCCGAUCCAGCGUUAACACUAAUUUUAAGGAUAUCCUUAUUACCCCAAUGGGAUCUGGGAUGUUCAGUCAAAAUAUUACGGAUAGCAGCUUGACAUCAAGUUUAAAACUUGAAGCUGCCGAUUCAAGCUUGAAAAGCAGGGAAGAUGUUGAGGCAAAUUCUGCUAAUAACUUUUCUAUGACGCCAGAAAAACAAAAUGUACCCCUGGCUAACGCAGCUGAAUUAUCUGCCCUUUAUGACAAAUAUUCUACUUCUCCCUUUGGUAGAUCCGAGGCUAACUUAAGCCCUAAGCCACAAACAAAAAGUCCUUAUGAGAGAUACGUUGGAACAACCGCCGAAAAUAAGACAUUCGAAAUAGGCAACGUCAGAGAAUCUAAGAGUACGAUCAACACAUCCCAAUCUUCACCUUCAAGGGUAGAAGAUAAUAGACGUUCAAAAAAUGAGGAUCUAGGAUCAUUAAGAGAGUUUGAAGAGUUAUCUCAAAAGAUCAGCAAUAUGGGAGUGGGUAAUAUAUCUUCAGAGGCUUUAAACAGUAGAUCAGAAGAUAACUCCUUAGUAACAGAUUUGAACUUAGAUAUUAAUGACAAUUCAUCUAUUAAUCUACCUGGUCAGCAACAUGAACCGGACUUCGGAGAAGAGAACGUGUUUGAUCCAGACUAUAUGGAACAGAAUCAAAUGUUAGAGACCGAAAGUAGAUACUCCACGGAUGGAUUUAACUUUUCAGAUAACCAAGAUUCAGCGUCGAGUAAUUACAGCAAUUCACAGGUAAACGCAAUGGCAACUGAGAGUUUUUCUGGUGUUGACAAGAUUCCACAUUCCUUUUUAUUUACAAAUUUAAAUAAGCUUACCGCGAAUGGAGACAGCCAUCAGAAUAGGACUGAUGCUAGGGAUGAUAAAAUAAAAAAACCUCUACAAUUGCCACCACUUCAUAUAGCAGAACCACAAUCCCUGUCAUCUGCUAAUAGAAAUUCAGCGGCUAACGCCUCACAACCUCACACACCAUACCCCUCCUGUGGUCCAUCGGUAAAAAUAAGAACGGGUCCCUUGACCAUGCAGCCUGUGCGCCAAGGUGGAAACUCCUCAAUAAAUACUUUCUCAUCUCCACAACAACAGUUGCCGACCUCACAGCAACAUCAAUUGCAUGCGCCCUCCUUGAGAAACGAUGCUUAUCGAAAUGUUAAUAAUCAAAAUCCAUACUAUUCAUCGCAGCAACAGCCUCAAAACAUGAGAUACUUGAAUAAUAAGGCGCCAAUGAACAGUAGAUCCCCAAUACGACAACCACACUUUCGAGAUGACCGUCCUAACCUUCAUAUAGACACCAAUGACCAUACAAAGCCACGUACUCCGCAAGCCGGAUUUUCGCAGUUCAUGCCGCCCAAUAACACAUCGACUAACCCAUAUUCUAACUAA